CCUUCAGUGAUAUUCUCAGUUGAGCUGCUUUUCAGCAAAAGUGGUAAUGAUUUUGGAGGCUCCGUCUUGCAUAACUUGGCGAUAGAAGCUAGAAAAACGAUUAAAAUCCUUGAAAUAGUGAAGUAUUCGUUAAAUUUCGUCAGAUUUCCUGCCCUGAUUUGGUGUAUUGAUUGUGGUCGAUCUUUGAUCCACAAACAGUUAAACGUCACGCAAACAUAGCUUGGCAUUUCUGAGCCAAGUUUGCUCUUAUAGCUGCUGGCUUGGAUCGAUGAGGAAAUCAAAAGCCGAAGAAUUUUCAUAUCAAACAGCGAGAACCCAUGAAGAAUCGGAGCUAAUAGAGAAUUGAAGGGUAAAAAGCUAAAUUCAAGAACAAGUCACAAACGUAUGUUUUCUUCGUCACGCAACAAAUGACCGAAGAUGUUUGAGUCUCUAAUUGUUUGUGCAAAGAUCGUCGUUUUUCCUCAGGGACAAUGUGAGGAAGGUCCUUUUGAUGUGGUUAUAGAGAGAGGUUUGAUUGCAGCUAUUGAUAGAUGCAAAGGAGAAUGUGGAAACGAUAAACUAACUUGUCAUUAUUUAACCCCGGGCUUUAUUGACAUUCACAAUCAUGGCAUGGGUAGGAUUCCAAUUUUGAACAUUGUUUCGACAAUUUUCCUAAACGGCUUGAUAAUACAUGUAAUAUAAAGUGAUUAGAUUAUGCAUGCCAUAUUUAUGUCUUUUUAGUCUGGUCAUAAUGAAAACUUUAUGUUAACCCUGUGAUCUGAUUGUUAAUUCUCCUCUCUAAAAUGUGUCAACAUUCAGUGUUAGAUCAAGAUAAAAACUUCUAUUUGAUGAGCUUGAGUAUUCUCUUCACCAAUUUUCUGGAUGAUGCAUGGAAACUGUAGGGAAAAGUUACAUGUUCAUCACUUCUGGGAGUUAAAGGGUUAAGUGCAGUAAUCUUAGGGAUACGCGUGAUAAGAUGGGGAAAAGGCAGGAGCUCUUGCACAGAGGAGAAGGGGCCCUCUUUCUAACCCUACACAAGACAAGUAAGGGCACUCUGGCUUGAUUCUUUUUAAGGAACUUAAGAAUACUGAUUCAUGAUGCAUCACCACACCAAAAAAACCUUUGCCCACAGUGCCCACUCAACUUUUAGGCUGUAACCUCUAAAAGUUAUAUUGCUCAUUGCUAUGAUAAAUAAAGUGACUGAGUGGUUGAUAGAUUUUUUUCUUUCAUAUGGUAAUAAUAAAGCUACUAAAGUUGGUUCUUGGCUGAUAUUAUUGUUAGGUGGGGCAGAUGAUGUAACAGAGUUUUGGUGCAAUCCAGGUACAUCUCAUUUUUUUUUAACCCUUUAUGCAUUAAUUAACAUCAGUGUGCAUAUUCACUAUACUGUUCUCUAUGCAUUUCCCAAGGAGCUGACAAGGAGUUUUUUUUUGACAAUUAAGAGCUUCUUCAGCUGAUGACCAUUUCCUUUAUUCUUUCAACCUUAACCUGUGAUUCAGAGGUGGUAUUGAAACCAGAUGCUAGUCACUCUCAGGGGCCAAAGGCUGAAAUGCACUUGCCGCAAAUGCCGUUACCAAGUGUGCUUAUUAGUUUGAACUAUAUAGACCAUGAUAUUUCAUGGUUCCAGCCAGGUUUUUGUUAAACACACAACUAAAAAGAGGAAAAGUGAAAAUGAUCACAGUCAAGUAAAGGAGAUUAAUACAUUUUCCUCCUUAAAGACUUUACAAGAUCUAGACUUAUUCAAUAUGGAACAACAUCAUUUUUGGCAUCAGUGGUCUUUCCUAAUCAUCCUCUUGGUGAGAAAGAGGACAAAAUCCUGAAAAUACUUGAAAGCCAUGUGGGACUUAUUGAUGGAAAUGGAGCAGUUUUAGAAGGAAUCCAUUCAGAGGUACGUAAUUGAAAUGCUAGGCAUGAUUAUUAAAAUUGUGUCUAGGGCAGAUUAACUUGAAGCCACUUUACAAGAUUUUGAUAAAAUUGGCAAAUAUUACAGAACUAGAGACUCCAUGUCAAAAUCUGCCAACAUGUAUUUCUAAUGUUGGUAAUAGAUUGGAGACAACUCUUGCCAAUACCCUAAGUCCAGUAUCCUCUCCUGUCCAUUGUAAAGAGAAGAAAUUGGUCAUUGAAAUUAGCAGCUUCCACAGGACCCUAAUCCACCAGUUUUCAAAGGAGGAUGCAAAGACAAAACAUUCUUGAACUUUCAUUUUAUUUCCAUCUUUGUUUUCAUUUGUUCCUAUUUUUUCUUUUGUUUUAAUUAGCUUUGAAUGGCCCUUAUUGAAUUCUCCCAAAGGGAAAUCUUCCCUGAGACAGAAAUCAUUCUUCUGUUUUGAAUUACAGGGACCCAUUAUCACAGAUCUUGGUGCUAUGCCACAAAGUUACAACGACAUGACCUCUGACGAGUUUGAGCAGCUCCUUGAUAAGAUGCCUCAUUUGAAAGUCAUGACGAUCAGCCCUCAUGCAGAAGCAUCUCACAAUUACAACAGAAUUAAAUGCCUGCUGAGAAGGUGUCAUUAAUUAAGUCAUCUUUGAAAGAAAAAUAACAAUUGAAAUAUAAUAUUAUCAAUAAGAGUUUGUAGUACAUUACAAGUAUAAUUUUAUUAAUAUUUGUAGAUUGUCGAUUAUUAAUUAGUCAAUUAUGGUAACCCAUUGACCCUUAAGAGUAAUCAGCAACUAACUUCUCCUUACAAUAUUUAUAUCAUAUGAUUUUUUUUCUAGCAAAAAGGGGGAUGUUAGGUCAUGUAUUUGUCAUAGAUUGCCAUGGCAUGAUUGGGAGGGUGUUGACUAAAUUUGCCUUCUUCUGUCUCCUUGUUUUACAACCAUAUCAAUUCCCCAAAUCACACAUUAAAGUCAGGAGAAUUAAGGAAAUGAUCACCAAUUAAAGAAAUUUGAAUCACCUUUGCUUUUAAGGGGCAGACCCAAUAUUAUUAUUAGGCUCUUUAGGCCACGUUUUUAGAUCAAGAGCUUAACUGGAAUUCAAGUGAACAUCUAGUGGAAAUCUAGUCCAUAAUCUCCUCUUUUCCCAUUGCAACUUCAAAAAAGAAGUUACUAGAAUAAUACAAUAAUAAUUUUUUUCUGUCUCUAGGGAAGUGGUCCCAGCCCUUGGCCAUGAUAAACAGGCCACUGAGGAGGAAAUUCUCACUGCUUUGUCACUCAGCAAAAGUCAACAGCUUCAUUUGACACAUCUUUUUAAUGUCUGUUCCUUCCAUCACAGGUAUAAGGAGCAGAAAAUCACAACAAUUUUUUAAAUUUUUAUGCCCCAAGUAAGGUUUCAAUAAACAACUAGGUGGUGGUGGAUUUAGAGGCAUUGAUUAUUAAUUGACGAUGCCUUUCCCUUUUCCUCCUUUCCCAAGAGAGAUGGGUCUUUAACCCUUUAACUCCCAAGAUCUCAUUAGCAAUUCUCCUUCAGUGUCUGCCAUAUAGUUCUUGUGAUGUUAGUAUAGAGAAUUUGAUAUUGGAUCAACUUAUUAUCCCCUUACUGAUAUUUUUCUUUAUUCUCAUUACUUGUCUGCUUGAUAUUGUAUUGAUAUUGUAAGGAGAAAUUAUUUCUUCUCACUCAUGAGAGUUAAAGGGUGAAAAGGGAAUAUUAAUGCUUUCUAGAUCUCCAGGUCUCGUUAACUUUGGACUCCUGGAUGAAUUGCCAAACCUUUCAAAGUAUAGAGGAAUAAAAACCCCAACAGUAGAAAUCAUAGGAGAUCUAGCACAUGUGUAAGUACUGAUGAACUCAGCUAGUAAGUAAAUUUAAAAUAUAUCUUUUUAUCAUCAUGAGCAAUACCUCUAUUAAAAUGUCCAUAUGGUGUAGGCCUGCCAUUCAUUUGAUUUUCUAUGGCUAUCAGGCAAUCAAAAGAUCACAAUUUAGAAUUUAAUUCUAUGAGCUAAAGGCUUUCCAUGACACAGACUCAGUAAAAUAAACUAUAACAGAGUUAUGUCAACAUAUAGUAAUUCCAUGUUCUGAUAAACUGUGUAAUGUUCAUGGUUCUGUCAGCAAGUUGGCAAUUCUUUUUUGUGUUUGCUUUUUGCAGUAGACUGCUGUUAAUUAUAACUUAAUUUCUUUGAGCCUUUCAUCUCCAAGCUAAUAUUUGUUUGAUUCCCCAGAGAUCCUAUGGCUGUUUCAUUGUUGUUAAAAGCCCGCCACUUCAAAAACAUUGCCUUUAUAACAGACUGUGUUCUAGAAGGCAUCCCUGGAAAAACUGUCAAGUAUGGAAGCAAACAAAGUAAGCCCAAUAAACAAGAGAUUUCCAUUUCCUGCUAAUGUUACAAAGAAUCUCUUUAACUUACUCUCUAUUUGGUUGGGUGCUUUUGCCUGUAAUUGUGAUCAUUUCAGAAAAUUUUGUAAAUCACUCACCUCCAGCUGGUAAUUUGCAAACUUUUUGUUUUGUUCUCCCAACAUCCUGCAUGGGUUAAUUACACUGGUAAACCAAAAAAAAGUACUGUCUUUUGCUACUACAAUAAUUCAUCGUUGCAUCACUCAUUCAGUUCAGGUUUCUCCCAGUGGCCGUACUCUGUCAAUUGCAGGAACAAAUACCUUGGCUGGAAGUUGUGGCACUCUCCUUGGUGCUUUUCACUCCCUGAUUCACAUAUUUAGAGUUCCUUUGGGAGAUGCUGUAGCAAUGUUAUCUGAAAACCCUGCCAGGUACAAUUGUGGUUAUUGUAGGAUAGGUGUUAUGCUUAGUUCAUGUCUCAAAAUUCAAAAUUAACAGUGAAACAAACUAUACCCCCAACUGGAUAGUGGUCUGUUCAGGGGAUAGCAUUAUCCAUUCCUUGAACAAUAACUACUUAGGAAAAUUUGACUAAAAGAUAAGCUUAAAAAAGGAGUGGUUUAACUUCAGAGUGAGAAAUAAUUUGGGCAAAAUUUUUGGACUCAAACUAUGAAUAAAUAAAUAAAUAAAUAUAUAUAUUAAUCAAAGGAUUUUAUUUUAUCCCCUGAUGAGUGAGUAAUCAUAAAAUAGGCCUGUAAGGAUGAAAGCAUCAUCUAUUUUUUUUUUUCAACUUCAUAUAUAUAUAUGUAUGUAUGUAUACAUAUAUUUGUUUUUUUUUGACAAACCUGGUAUACCGGUAUAUAUAUAUAUAUAUAUAUAUAUAUAUAUAUAUAUAUAUAUAUAUAUAUAUAUAUAUAUAUAUAUAUAUAUAUAUACAUACAUGUGUAUAUAUAUUUUUUAACAAACCUGGGAUACUUAAUCAUAGGUUUCAGCAGUUAUUUGCUUGUAAGCUCUUAACAUGUGAGUUUUCCUAAACUAAUACAUUUUAAGGAUUUUGACAACAUUUAUCUUAUCAAUUAAUCUUUCAGAAUUGCAAAGAUCUCCCAUACAGGACUCAUAGAAGUGGGAAAAAGAGCUGAUCUAUUAUUGUUUGAUACACAGUUAAACCUUUCAAGAACAAUUGUAUCUGGAAAAGUACUUUUUCAAACAAACUAG